AUGAUCGCUGCUGCAUUUUCAUCCGCGACUAUCUCGCUUAUUCUUGCUGCUACUGCCAUCGCGGCGCCGUUCAAUCGCCUCCAAGCUCGUGAUGCUGUCUGUCCGGAUGGUCAACCGUCUCCCUGCGUCUGCGGCGGCAAGUUGGGUAUCCGUCAGGCGAAAUUGUCGUGCCCAAACCAAUCCUUCAAGUUCACCAACCCUUCAAGCGGGACAGAUGGCACGGUUUCCUUAGUUUCCGGUAACGUCGGUAGUGUCCAAUGCGAUAUCGGAAUUACGACUCGCAUAGACCAUAUUGUCGAACUGCAGUUUAUUGCGGCCGAGGUGGAUGCAGCGCCUGGUGUCUGCGCCAAGUUCAAGACGGCGACGGACACUGCCACACCCGCGUUCACGGCUUUCAAAGAUGCCAUCAACGCCUCCCCUAACCUCGUUUUCGUCGAAAGCACGGUCAACAACGCCAAGGGAGUUGCCUUCGGCGGAAAGAGCUUCGUGGACACCACACAAAAAGCAGCCGAUGGCCUGAUCAGCUACUUGACCCUCCUGCAGGCCAAUGGUGCUAAAAACGUCAACCCAGGGACGCAUGCAGCAACGAGCGUCGAUCAAGCGAUGACGCAGGCAGUUGGCGCUGGUGCUGGGUUUCCCACCGGGUUCCAAACUCGCUUUGAUGCCAAGGUGGCAAGCGUCAUUGCCAACACUAAGAAGGUGAAGGCAACGUUGACACCUGCUCCCGCCGCCGGUGACCCCUUCGUCGACCAAACCGCGUCUACGAUCGCCAAGUGCACGAAGACCAGGCGUAAUGGUCUCCUUGAUGAGAUCCGCGAGAGGUUUGUCCGCGCCGGAUGGAUCAAGCGUGCCGCAACGGCCGCCAAGCCGUGUGCCACUUCAACUACCGCUACACCGGGCAAAGCUGGAGCUCCUGCGAAGCCUGCUGCACCUGCGAAGACCGCCGCCCCCGCCGCCCCCGCGAAGCCUGCUGCACCUGCGAAAGUCGCCGCCCCCGCGAAGAAAGUCGCCCCUGUCAAGGUGACUAAACCCAAGUUGCCUGUCAAGACCAAGGGGAAGACUCGGGUUUGA